CCUGCCUCCUCUGCACCAGACUCACCCACCUCCUGCCACGAUGUCCUGCCAGCAGAACCAGCAGCAGUGCCAGUCCCCUCCCAAGUGCCCCACACCCAAGUGCCCCCCCAAGAGCCCAGCACAGUGCUUGCCUCCGGCCUCCUCGGGCUGUGCUCUCAGCUCUGGGGACUGCCAUGGCCCCAGCUCUGGGACCGGCUGCUGCCUGAACCUCCAUGGGAGCCACAGGUCCCAUGGGUGCAGGCGCCAGAGCUCUGGCUCCUGUGAUGGUGUCAGUGGGCAGCAGUUGGGGGGCUCUGGCUGUGGCUGAGGC